CCCACUCACUCCUGUCCACCCUGUCCCUCUGUCCCUCCACUGUCUUUCAUUAUGGGACCUAAGUCAGGUUCUCGGCUGUUCCUGCUGCUCCUGGCCAGCCUCCCCCUGGUCCUGGGGGACCCCACGUACUCCAUGAUCACCCCCAACGUUCUGCGACUGGAAAAUGAGGAGACCAUUGUGUUGGAGGCCCAUGAGGCAAAGAGUGACAUCCCGGUCACUGUCAUUGUGCACGACUUCACCAAAAAGCAGGUGCUGACCAGUGAGAAGACCAUGCUGACCAGUGCCACUGGACACCUGGGCACCGUCAACAUUAAGAUCCCAGCCAGCAAGGAGUUUCGUUCAGAGAAACGCAGCAAGUUCGUGACACUGGUGGCCAACUUCGGGGAAGCGCAGGUGGAGAAAGCCGUGCUGGUGAGCCUGCAAAGUGGGUACCUCUUCAUCCAGACAGACAAGACCAUCUAUACCCCAGGCUCCACAGUCCUCUACCGGAUCUUCACCGUUGACCACAAGCUGCUGCCCGUGGGCCAGACAGUGAUCAUCACCAUUGAGACCCCGGAUGGUGUCUCCAUUAAGAGAGACAGGCAGUCUUCCCACAACCAGAAUGGCAUCGUGCCUUUGUCUUGGAAUAUUCCAGAACUGGUCAACAUGGGGCAGUGGAAGAUUCGCGCUUUCUACGAACACUCACCGCAGCAGGUGUUCACCACUGAGUUCGAGGUGAAGGAGUACGUGCUGCCCAGUUUUGAGGUCCUGGUGGAGCCCAGAGAGAAAUUCUAUUACAUCGAUGACCCCAAGGGCCUGGAAGUUUCCAUCACCGCCAGGUUCUUAUAUGGGAAGAACGUGGAAGGGACAGCCUUCGUCAUCUUCGGGGUGGAGGACGGGGAGCAGAAGAUCUCUCUGGCUCACUCACUCAGCCGUGUGGUGAUAGAGGACGGCUUCGGGGAGGCAGUGCUAAGCCGGCAGGUGCUGCUGGACGGAGUACAGCCGUCCAGCGCCGACGCCCUGGUGGGGAAGUCGCUAUACGUGUCGGUUACAGUCAUCCUGCACUCAGGCAGCGACAUGGUGGAGGCAGAGCACAGUGGGAUCCCAAUUGUCACCUCCCCAUACCAGAUCCACUUCACCAAGACGCCCAAGUUCUUCAAGCCAGCCAUGCCCUUUGACCUCAUGGUGUUAGUGACUAACCCUGAUGGCUCCCCAGCCCGCCAUGUGCCGGUAAUCACCCAGGGCUCCGAAGUCCAGGCUCUCACCCAAGAAGAUGGCGUGGCCAAGUUGAGCAUCAACACGCCCAACAACCGCAAGCCUCUGACCAUCACAGUACACACCAAGAAGGAGGGCAUCCCAGAUGCCCGGCAGGCCACCAAGACCAUGCAGGCACAGCCCUACAGCACCAUGCACAAUUCCAACAACUACCUGCACCUCUCUGUGUCUCGGGUGGAGCUCAAGCCAGGGGAUACUCUCAAUGUCAACUUCCACCUGCGUACGGACCCAGGCCAGGAGGCCAAAAUCCGCUACUACACCUACCUGGUCAUGAACAAGGGGAAACUGUUGAAGGUGGGGCGCCAGGUCCGGGAGCCUGGCCAAGACCUAGUGGUCCUGCCCCUGUCCAUCACCCCAGAUUUCAUUCCUUCUUUCCGCCUGGUGGCUUACUACACACUGGUUGGAGCCAGUGGUCAGAGAGAGGUGGUGGCCGACUCUGUGUGGGUGGAUGUCAAGGACUCAUGUGUGGGCACGCUGGUGGUGAAGGGCGACCAGAGGAACAACCGGCAGCUGGCACCUGGGCAGCAAAUGACCCUCAGGAUAGAGGGGGACCAUGGGGCCCGAGUGGGGCUGGUGGCUGUGGACAAGGGCGUGUUUGUGCUGAACAAAAAGAACAAGCUCACUCAGAGCAAGAUCUGGGAUGUGGUGGAGAAGGCAGACAUCGGCUGCACCCCAGGCAGUGGGCAGGACUACGCUGGCGUGUUCACUGACGCAGGCCUGGCCUUCAAGACAAGCCAAGGCCUGCAGACUGCCCAGAGAGGAGAUCUCGAGUGCGCCAAGCCAGCUGCCCGCCGCCGACGCUCAGUGCAGCUGAUGGAAAAGAGGAUGGAUAAAGCUGGUCAGUACAAGGACAAACUUCUCCGGAAGUGUUGUGAGCACGGGAUGAGAGAGAACCCCAUGAAGUUCAGCUGCCAGAGACGGACAGAAUUCAUCUUACAGGGCAAGGCCUGUGUGACGGCCUUCUUGGAUUGCUGCAUGUACAUCACCAAGCUUCGGGAGCAGCACAGGAGGGAUAGCAUGCUGGGCCUGGCCAGGAGUGACCUGGAUGAAGACAUAAUUCCAGAAGAAGAUAUCAUUUCCCGAAGCCAUUUUCCAGAGAGCUGGCUGUGGGCCAUUGAAGAAUUAAAAGAACCAGAGAAAAAUGGAAUCUCCACAAAGGUCAUGAACAUUUUCCUCAAAGACACCAUCACCACCUGGGAGAUUCUGGCUGUGAGUCUGUCAGACAAGAAAGGCAUCUGUGUGGCACACCCAUACGAGGUCACUGUCAUGCAAGAUUUCUUCAUCGACCUGCGGCUGCCCUACUCUGUGGUGCGUAAUGAGCAGGUGGAGAUCCGAGCCGUGCUCUUCAACUACCGCGAGAAGGACAGCCUCAAGGUGAGGGUGGAGCUGCUCUACAACCCAGCUUUCUGCAGUCUGGCCACCGCCAAGAAGCGCCACUACCAGACCUUGACCAUCCCGCCCAAGUCCUCAGUAGCUGUCCCCUACGUCCUCGUCCCCUUGAAGAUUGGUGUCCAGGAGGUGGAGGUCAAGGCUGCUGUCUACAACCACUUCAUCAGUGACGGUGUGAGGAAGACACUGAAGGUUGUGCCGGAGGGAAUGAGAGUCAACAAAACUGUGGCAAUCCGUACACUGGACCCAGAGCACCUGGGCCAAGGUGGAGUCCAGAAAGAGGAUGUCCCAGCUGCAGACCUCAGUGAUCAAGUGCCAGGCACGGAUUCUGAGACCAGAAUUCACCUGCAAGGGACCCCGGUGGCUCAGAUGGCAGAGGACGCGGUGGACGGGGAGCGACUGAAGCACCUGAUCGUGACGCCGUCAGGCUGUGGGGAGCAGAACAUGAUCAGCAUGACGCCCACAGUCAUUGCCGUUCACUACCUGGACCAGACCGAGCAGUGGGAGAAGUUUGGCCUGGAGAAGAGGCAGCAGGCACUGGAGCUCAUCAAGAAAGGGUACACCCAGCAGCUGGCCUUCAAACAGCCCAGCUUCGCCUAUGCAGCCUUCAAAAACCGAGCACCCAGCACUUGGCUGACAGCCUAUGUAGUCAAGGUCUUCUCUCUGGCCACCAACCUCAUCGCCAUCGACUCCCAGGUCCUGUGUGGGGCUGUUAAAUGGCUGAUCCUGGAGAAACAGAAGCCGGAUGGUGUCUUUCAGGAAGAUGGGCCAGUGAUUCACCAAGAAAUGAUUGGUGGCUUCCGGAACACCAAGGAAGCCGACGUGUCCCUCACAGCCUUCGUUCUCAUUGCGCUGCAGGAGGCCAGAGAGAUCUGCGAGGGACAGGUCAACAGCCUUCCUGGUAGCAUGACCAAAGCAGGAAAGUACCUUGAAGCUAAUUACAUGAACCUGCAGAGACCAUACACAGUGGCCAUUGCUGGGUGUGCCCUGGCCCAGAUGGGCAGACUGGAAGAGCCCUAUCUCAGCAAGUUUCUGAACACAGCCAAAGACCGGAACCGCUGGGAAGAAGCUGGCCAGCAGCUAUACAAUGUGGAGGCCACAUCCUAUGCCCUCUUGGCCCUGCUGCAGCUGAAGGACUUCGACUCUGUGCCUCCAGUGGUGCGCUGGCUCAAUGAGCAGAGAUACUACGGUGGUGGCUACGGCUCCACUCAGGCCACUUUCAUGGUGUUCCAAGCCUUGGCUCAAUACCAAACAGAUGUCCCUAGCCACAAAGACUUGAACAUGGAUGUGUCCCUCCACCUGCCUAGCCGCAACUCCCCAACAACGUUUCGCCUGCUCUGGGAAAUUGGCAGCCUCCUGCGGUCAGAAGAGACCAAGUAUAAUGAAGGCUUCUCACUGACGGCCAAAGGAAAGGGCCAAGGGACAAUGUCGGUGGUGACAGUGUAUCAGGCCAAGGUCAAGGGCAAAGUUGCCUGCAAGAAAUUUGACCUCAGGGUCAUCCUAAGACCUGCCCCUGAAACAGUCAAGAAGCCCCAGGAUGCCAAGAGAAGCAUGAUUCUAGACAUCUGCACCAGGUACCUGGGAGAUGUGGAUGCCACAAUGUCCAUCCUGGACAUCUCCAUGAUGACAGGGUUCAUUCCUGACACAAAUGACCUGGAACUGCUGAACACCGGUGUAGACAGAUACAUCUCCAAAUAUGAGAUGAACAAGGCCUUUGCCGACAACAAGAACACGCUCAUCAUCUACCUGGACAAGAUCUCACACUCCCAGGAAGAUUGCCUGUCCUUCAAAGUUCACCAGUUCUUUAAUGUGGGCCUCAUCCAGCCGGGGUCGGUCAAGGUCUAUUCCUAUUACAAUCUGGAGGAAUCAUGCACCCGUUUCUAUCACCCCGACAAAGAGGACGGCAUGCUGAGCAAACUCUGCCACAAAGAAAUGUGUCGCUGCGCCGAGGAGAACUGCUUCAUGCAUCAUUCCGAUGAAAAAGUCACCCCGAAUGGCCGGCUGGACAAGGCUUGUGAGCCCGGAGUGGACUACGUGUACAAGACCAGACUAGUGGAUGUUGAUCUGUCAGAUGACUUCGAUGAGUACGUGAUGAACAUCCAGCAAGUCAUCAAAUCAGGUUCCGAUGAGGUGCAGGUGGGGCAGGAGCGCAGGUUCAUCAGCCACAUCAAGUGCAGAGAUGCCCUGAAACUGCAGAAAGGGAAGCAAUACCUUAUGUGGGGCCUGUCCUCCGACCUCUGGGGAGAAAAACCCAACACCAGCUACAUCAUUGGAAAGGACACUUGGGUGGAACUCUGGCCCGAAGCAGAAGAGUGCCAGGAUGAGGAGAACCAGAAACAGUGCCAGGACCUGGGAGACUUCACAGAGUCCAUGGUGGUGUUUGGCUGCCCCAACUAACCACAUCCCUGCCCCUGCAAUAAAGCCACAGUUAUGUCUCA